GAGAUGGUCCGUCUCCUGCUCGAGGCGGGAGCGAACAAGAACUUGGGCCUCGUCAAUGGCACGCCGCUGGCAAUAGCAUCGAGACAAGGCCACCAAGAGGUCGUGCGCGUGCUGCUCAAGGCCAGCGCCUGGGUAGACGAAGCUUCGGCUGGGUAUCCGCCCCUUUUUCUCGCGGCCGCCGCCGGCCAGGCGCCUGUGGUUAGACAGCUUCUGAAGGCACGCGCAGACAAAGAUCUGAAAACCGCGAACGGCAAUGCCCUCGGCGCUGCAUCGAGCAUGGGCCAUGCCGACGUGGUGCGUGCGCUGAUCGACGCAGGUGCCGUGAAGCCGAAGGGCCUCACGGAUACAAACAUGCUCUUCAUCGCGGCCUUCAAAGGCCACCUCGACGUCAUGCGCAUUCUGAUUCAAAACCGGAUUGAACAGGAUCGGCCGGUAAACACGAGAGAUCACCUAGCAAUGACGACCACCCUCUUUGCCAACGGCAACCGCCUCUUCGCCAUGUGGAUUGUCAUGCCAGCUUGCACCAUGUCCUCCAUGUCCGAGGAUCCCACCAGUUGGAAAAAGCCUCUUCUAGUAGGUGCUGUCAUACUCAGCAUUGUGGCCCUGUACCUCCUUGGCGGCGAUGAAAUGAAACGGGAGAUUCGCGGCAAGUGGUCGGCCUUCUUCGAGUGGAAGUACCUCUGUCUCUGCUACAUCCGGCACUACAUCAUGAAGUAUAAGUAG